AUGUUUAGCCACCAUUGGGGAGGAAAAAGAUUCGGAAUAUUCGUGUGGGAGAAAGUAAGUCGGCAAAAGUAUUCCGUAGGUUCUGAUCAGGUCCCCUGGUCUUUACCUUUCCUGACGGCGCCCGUAUUAGGAGCUGGAUGGAGUGAGGACGAAAGAAUCGCUGCUCUCCUCUCGGUUAUCCUCCAUCUUCGGCCCGAUCUUAUCUUUUCCCGCCCAAGAUCAUCCGAGGAGUCUCAAUUAUUAGUUCCUGAUGUCUCUCUCCGAUCGUGCUCUAGCGGCCAGCUGGCAGAUGUACCAUGCCUGCAGAGUAAUGAAUGA